GCGAGGAAGCAUCAAACAGAAAGUGCCGGAUCGCUGUGUCUGGGCCGAAGUGACUAAACUUACUCUCUUUAAUCUCAGGAGGUUCCAGUGACGUGCAGAAAUGUCUCGCAGAUAUGAUUCUCGGACAACUAUAUUUUCCCCUGAAGGGCGCCUGUAUCAGGUGGAGUACGCCAUGGAAGCCAUCGGUCACGCCGGCACGUGUCUGGGGAUCUUAGCAAACGACGGCGUGCUCUUAGCAGCAGAGAGACGCAACAUCCACAAACUGCUGGACGAGGUUUUCUUCUCUGAGAAGAUCUACAAGCUCAACGAAGACAUGGCGUGCAGCGUUGCUGGGAUCACAUCAGAUGCCAACGUGCUGACGAAUGAGCUGCGGCUAAUUGCACAGAGAUAUUUAUUGCAGUACCAGGAGCCCAUUCCCUCUGAGCAGCUGGUGACGGCUCUGUGUGACAUCAAGCAAGCCUACACACAAUUCGGAGGAAAGAGGCCGUUUGGUGUUUCUCUGCUCUACAUGGGCUGGGACAAACACUACGGUUUCCAGCUGUACCAGAGUGACCCCAGCGGCAACUACGGAGGCUGGAAGGCCACGUGCAUCGGCAACAACAGCGCUGCUGCCGUGUCCAUGCUGAAGCAGGACUUCAAAGAGGGAGAGAUGACUCUGUCCUCUGCUUUGGCUCUGGCCGUCAAAGUCCUCAACAAAACGAUGGACGUCAGCAAGCUGUCGGCAGAAAAAGUGGAGAUCGCCACCCUGACGCGGGAAGACGGGAAAACCAAAAUCAAGGUUCUGAAACAGAAAGAGGUCGAGGUGCUCAUCAAGCGGCACGAGGUCGAAGAGGCCAAGGUUGAGAAGGACAAGAAGGACAAGGAGCAGAGGGAGAAGGACAAAUGAGAAGAACCCUUUCCCCCCAUCAUGUCAUCAAAUUCUGUGUGUUUUGUCUUUUACAUUAAAAGUUUGCAAAGUGA